AUGGACAUGGAGGCUGCGCGUGCUGCUACCCCAGCAUCGCGGCCCGCGCAGCUGUGCGCGGCUGUGAAGGCCUGCGGAGACAAGUGGGCUGCAGCACUGCAUUUGGUGGCAGUGCACGAUUUCCCCGAGUCGGAUGGGAUGGAGUUCGCCUACACGGCAGGAAUUACAAGCAUGGGCCAGGGCCGUCGAUGGCGCUACGCUGUGCAACUGCUCUCCCACGCCGAGGCGAAGCGGACGCAAGCCCAUGCGCUAAUGCCAAGCUCGACCAUCAGCGCCAGCGCGAGGAGCAAGAUGUGGAGAGUCGGGCUGGCAGUGCUGGAGAGCAUGUCGCAGCGGUCCUUGCAGUUCACUUCAGGAAGCCACAACGGGGCUCUCAGUGGUUGCGCGAAGAGCCAGGAGUGGCAGAAGGCUUUGUGCUUGCACUCCUCAUCGAUGGGGCCUGACAUCAUCUCGUACAACUCCACCAUGGAUGCGUGCGCCAAGGGGGCACAAUGGCAGCCCACUCUGGGAAUCUUGCUACAGCUUCAGCUCCAGUGCCUGAGAGCCGACGUCUCCUCCUGCAGCUCUGUCCUGGGAGCCUUCGGCAAGGCGGACCAGUGGCAAGCAGCGUUGGACCUGUUUAGAGCAAGCAGAGAGGGGCGACUGGAUGCGGACUUGAUGGCCUUCAGUGCUGCUAUCGGGGCCUGCAAGAAUGGCGGUCACUGGGUGCUGGCGCUGGCCCUGCUCCGGGAUCUCCAGCGCCAGCGACUUGUUGCAGAUUCCACGGCCUACAGUUUGGUCAUCACCGCCUGUGAGCGAGCGUCCUUCUGGGAAGGGGCCCUUGUGCUUCUGGAAGAGGCUGGCGAUGUGCGGCGUAGCAACCUCGUGGCCGUGAGCUCCGCCGUGAGCGCCUGCGGCAAAGCCGCCAAGUGGGAGGCUGCUUUGCUCUUGUUUCGAGAUCUUCAGACGCUGAAGAAAACCCCGGAUCUCGUGGCUUACGGAGCCGUGCUCAGCGCCUGCGAGAAGGGGGAGCGGUCCGAAGAGGCGCUUGGCUUGAUGGAAGAGCUGCGGCGGCAGCAUCUGCUGCCGAAUCUUGUGACGUACAACGCAACCAUCAGCGCCUGCGAGAAUCGGACGUCUUGGCCACAGGCGCUGUGGCUUUUCGGGCGGCUCGUGCAGGAUCGUCUGCUGCCGGACCUCGUGACCUACACAUCGAUGAUCAGCGCGUGUGACAAAGCUCGUCGGCCGGACAUGGUUUUGGAGCUGUUGGAUGAUCUUCAGAGCUCUGAGCUGGAGCUGGACGCCGUGGCCUACAACGCCGGGCUCGGCGCGUGCGAAAAGGAGGCACGAUGGGAGUCGUCGAUCUUGCUGCUUUCUCACAUGGCUCAGAGAUUCCUUCAAGAAGCGGUGCUGACACGAAGCCCGGCAAGGACUUUCUGGUGCGUAUCCUACUGUCUGAACCCUAAUCUCUGUUGUGAGCCCCUUCAACCCUGA